AAGCUGUUCCGUCUAUCCAUUUGUAUAACGUAGAAGAUCAUUUUAGGAAGCGACGUUCAGCAUUUCAUCGCAUUUGGCAUUCAGAAUUCCAACACCCAGUACAUCCAAGACUUCACCAUGGAUCUAACCGAGAUUCCGUUCGACGUCCCUGUGAUCCUCCAGUCAAUCUGCAAGGGGAAAAGCUUGCAGAACCCGCUUGGUUCCAAGAAGGCUCGCCGUCUGACUGACAACCGCGAUGUUUACGAGCAAAUGGUUUUACGCCGUGUUCGCGACGACAAGAUCGCCAUUCAGUCCGGUCACAACGGAUGCUUCCUCCAGGUUCGCGCGAGUGGGGAUUGUGUCUUUGACCGGAAAGAGCCUGGCGAGUGGGAACUCUUCACUAUGGAGACGGACUCGAGCUGUACUUGUACUGUAGCCAACCGGAUAAUCAUAAUAUGAUCGUACUACACGAUAUUAU